UCGUUACUUCUCCGCGCCCGGCCCGACCUUCCGAAUUACUUCCUGAAUUCCUCCGGGCUCCCUCGCGCCUCCUUGAACAUGGCAGCCGCUGCAGCUUCCUCCCGGCGGAUGAUGAGGCUUCCUCGGGGGGCUUCCCUGAUCCUGGGGCGGCCCUUCCCUUCUUCUCCUGCUUUUUCUUCUGCUUGGAAAGAGGGAGACGACCACCUGGGGCGGAUGGACCAGCAGGACACCUGGGACCGCUUCUACGCGGCUAAACUGGAAGGAUCGGGACCCCCCGGCCAUUUCGACUGGUUCUUCGGCUACCGAGAGGUCUCGGAUCUCCUCUACACCGUCCUUCGAGGCCUCCCUUCCGGACGGGCCGACGUCUUGGACGUGGGCUGCGGCACGUCCUCCUUAGGGUUGAGCCUUUAUCGAGAGUCGCCCCGCCAGCUUCACGUCUGCUGCUUGGAUUUCUCCCCUCUGGCCCUGGAGGCCGUGGGCUGGCUGCUACGGCAGAGCCCCCCGCCGCGCCACCCUCUUUCCGAGCUGCGGUGCCGCUUGGCCGACGCCACCGACCUGGCGAGCAGCUUCGAGUGGGCGUCGUUCCACCUCGUCCUGGACAAAGGGACCUGUGACGCCGUCCUGCGUUGCCCGCAAGGCCCGGACCGAGCCCGGAGGUUCAUGGCGGGGUGCGUGAGGGUCCUCAAGCCCGGAGGAAGCCUGAUUCAGUUCUCGGAUGAGGACCCGGAUGCCAGGGUGCCGUUUCUGGAACAGGCUGGAGCGGUGAACGUCACCGUGAAAGAAAUCGGGCCCAAGGGUGGGAUCAGCUACUAUGCCUAUACGAUCGGCCAGAAAACCUGAUAUUUGGGCAUCUUUGGCUGGAGUUUGCGGGACCGUCAAGUAGGAAAAGCAGUCAAACCGGUUCUUUUUGGCGUAAAAACCCACUCCGGCCUGUCAGAAAGAGAGAAACCAAGGCCAAGCCAAGUGAGGGAAAUCACCUGUGACCCUGUAGCUUUCUGGGAGAUUCAGAUCUAAAGUCCCACCAGGUGGGAACCCAGGACAGCGUCUUCUCCGUUUUCUGCUCCCAGACUCUGGAACUCCCUGCCACUGGAAACUAGGCUGGCCCCGCCUUUGCUGUCCUUCUGCAAGCAGGCCAAAGCUUUUCUCUUCAGGCAAGCUUUCUCUCAACGUCUGGCAGCCUGAGAGGGGUGUUUUAAAUGUGCCUGGCUACUUUGAAUCUUGUUUUCGGUGUCAGUUUUUAUUUACCCUUGUUAGUGCAUUUGUUUGGUUCUUUUUAAAUAUUUGCAUACUGACUUGUUUUUAGCUUUUAAAUACUGUAUUUUCAUGAGGUAAGCCGCCUCGGGGUGCUUUUUUCAGGAGAAA